AUGCCAUCGCUUCUCAAGGCAUUACCUGUGUAUGCUACAUUCAUCUUUGACAUUAAGAUUCGACUCUAUGCGCCCACACAACAUAGAUCACGUGCUAUUUACAAGAAUCGAGUCGCAAAUCUGAAGAAGAUGAUUGAAGCUCUCAACAAUUUCAACAUCAAGAAAUUGAAGGUUAUCAUCGGGCUCAAUGAUGAUUACUCCUACCAGAUGAAGCUAGCCCCGCCUUUGUCCAUGGACUGA